UAAGUCAGUACUGAGUGGGAGAGUGGUGGAGUUACGCACUGCAACAGUUCCUUUGCAUAGAGUGGGCUUUUUUUCUGUGUGUGUGUUUGGAAGAAAUUACAGAAUUGUGGAUGCGUUCAACUCUUUCACUUGUACGACAGAUUUUUUCCCAUUUCCCCUGAAAAUGGUGGGCCUCUCUUCCCCUUCAGCUGUCACUGCGAUGGAGCACCUGGUGACUGAACUGAAUGUCCUGCUGAAGCUGCUGGACCACGAGACCCUCAGCUCUGCUACCGCUGAGAAGAAGGCAGCCGUCAGAAACCUGCUGAAGCAGCUUCAGCCCUCAGUGAAUGGAGCAGACUACAUGUACAUGAACACGUCAGUGUACAGAAACGGCACCAGCUUCGUGGAGUCCCUGUUCGAAGAGUUCGACUGUGACCUGCGGUCCUUUAAAGAAACGGAGGAGGAACAGAAGGGCGAGGGGGAAGAGGAGACGCCCGAAACGCCCCCUCCUAAAUCGAGCCCAGCUGACUCCCCGCCUCCCCUGCCAACCACGCCCCCUCCUGAGGAUUACUAUGAGGAAGCCGUACCCCUCAGCCCUGGCAAGAUGCCCCAGUAUAUCACCACCCGCAGCAACUCCAGCCCCCCCAACUCAAUCGAAGACGGGUACUAUGAAGACGCCGACAACAAUUACCCCACCACCCGCAUGAACGGCCAGCGCAAGAACUCCUACAACGACUCGGACGCCCUGAGCAGCUCGUACGAGUCGUACGACGAGGAGGACGAGGAGGCCAAGGCCCAGCGGCUGACACACCAGUGGCCGUCGGAGGAGAACUCCAUGGGGCCGGUGAAGGACUGCCGCAUCUGCGCCUUCCUGCUGCGCAAGAAGCGCUUCGGUCAGUGGGCCAAGCAGCUGACCGUCAUCCGCGAAAACCGCCUGCUGUGCUACAAGAGCUCCAAAGACCACACGCCGUACAUGGACGUGUCGCUCAACUUGUGCAACGUCGUCUACGUGCCCAAAGACGGGAAGCGCAAGAGACAUGAGCUGCGAUUCUCGCUCCCAGGAGGAGAGACCCUGGUGCUGGCUGUUCAGAGCAAGGAGCAGGCCGAGGGGUGGCUCAGGGUCAUCCGGGAGGUGAGCGGCCAGGGACCCGGCGGCGUCGGAUUGGAUGGAUCCGUCUCUCCCACGAUCCCUCGGAAGAUAGAGCUGGACAAGAGGCUCUCGGCUGAUAAGCACACCUCCGACUCAGACAGCCCGGUCGCAGCAGACGUCCCCAGCAGCACACGGGACAGCCGCGAGGGGAAGGUAAAGCGGGGCGCCCUUUCGGAGCUGACGGGCACAGUCAGCCGGGCGGCGGGGCGCAAGAUCACCCGAAUCAUUAGCUUCUCCAAGAAGAAACCGCCCCUCCCCGGAGACCCCCGGAACUCCUCCCCUGAAGACGAGGACCCCCGUUGUGGUUACCUGAGCGUGUUGGUGAACCAAUGCUGGAAGGAGAGAUGGUGCUGUGUGAGAGGGGGUUCUCUGUUCUUCCACCGGGACAGGACAGAUGUGCGCACCCAUGUGAAUGUUGUGGCCCUCCAGGGCUGUGAGGUUGUCCCGGGACUGGGGCCCAAGCACCCCUUCGCCUUCCGAAUCCUACGGGGGGGCAAUGAGGUGGCAGCACUGGAGGCGAGCUGCUCAGAGGAGAUGGGCCGCUGGCUGGGGGUUCUGCUAGCAGAGACGGGCAGCGCCACUGACCCGGAGUCCCUGCACUAUGACUACGUGGACGUCGACACCAUAGCCAACAUCCGGGACGCGGCCCGCCACUCCUUCCUGUGGGCCACUUCAUCAAGCAGUGCCUCCACAGACACAAGGACGUACGAUGAAGUCCCUUACGAGAAAGUGCAGCUGGAGGAAGAAGGACAGAAAGCAGACGUUUCGGUGAAGCGGCACUCCUCGCUAUCCAGCAGAGACGCGGAGAAGAUGAAGCCCCAGGUCACAGUGAAGCGGCACAGCUCCAAUGCGAAUCAGUACGCCAAGUAUGGGAAGACCCGCGCUGAGGAGGACGCUCGCAGGUACCUGAGCGAGAAGGAGGAGCUGGAGAAGGAGCGCGAUGGCAUUCGAAACACCCUGCUCGCACUGCGCAAGGAGAAGAGAGAGGCCAAGGAAGAGCUGAAGAGUGCCACUGGAAAGCAGAAGAAAACCCUGGAGGAGCGAGUGGCUGAGCUGGAGGAGAGCUGCAAAGAGAAGGAGGCCGUGAGAGUGGACCUGGAGCUCAGGUUGACCACGGUGAAGGAGAACCUGAAGAAGUCACUGGCGGGAGGAGCACUGGGGGCACCGGAAGAGAGCAGACCCGCCAUGAAGGUCACGGCCAGUAAGUGUAAUGGUUCCAAUGGUGAGACAUCCCUGCCAGUCAACUGUGCCUCCGAAAUGCGCAAGCGCCCGCCCUCCAUCUACGCAUCCACUAAGGGCAACGUCAUGCAGAAAGCCAAGGAAUGGGAGUCCAAGAAGGGGACCUAAAGGAGUUGCCAGCCAAUUAGAGGGUUCGGACUGAAGGAGGACGUUCCCAUGUCAUGUGACUGCGAGAGAGAGCCCGCCCCCUUACCCCCUUCAUAACCCUCACUAGUCCACUCCUCCCACCCCCAAAACUCCAUCGGGGCUGAUGCAAAUAUUAGCAGUCUGUGCUGCUUCGCUCUCCUGAUGGCUGACGUGACAGGUUGAGAUACUGGACGCCUGCCAGCACCCCCCUGGGGCGUCUCACAACUCAAAUCCACCUGAUUUACGACACUAGCGGCACGGAAAGCGCCAGCGCUCCAGAGAGACGCUGAGCUCGGUAUGCAUUUCAGAUUCACGAAAACUGCAGAGGGACACCUGUUCAGACUUGAGGAUUCUGAGGUUUGGAGAGGCAGAGAGGGGAAAGCCCGCUGUGCUGUUUGAAGGAAAAAGGAGAUGUUGUUAUGGGUUUGGAGAAUGUGUGAGCCGGGAGGCAGCCUACUGGUUCUGAAAGGUCACCAAAGGCAAAGAAAGAAGAUAUGCUUCGCUGAGAGAUGUUCUGGA